GUAGUUUGUUACCUGGCCACAUAAGUUACGGUCUGCUACCGAAUCUUUCCCAUACCAAACGAAGUACUAGAUGAGGCAAGUAGCCCUACCUACGUAACGCACCCUGAACUUAGAGAGCACCGGUAUCCAAGUGAGGCAAAAGAAGAUGCGAGCUUGGGCAAGCUUCGUCCAGUCCAGUUCAGUCCAGCCCGCUUUCUUUCUCCAUCUUUCCUCCUUCCGUUCGCUCUGAUCGACCUGUCUUGCGUUGAAACCGGGCUUCGUCAAGUGGGAAGAAAGGCGUAGAGUGCGCAUCUGGCCUUGGCUCUUUCCGUUUUCAACCAUUUCCUCGCGUUUCUGGGUGGCUAACCGCCUCUGCAUCGAUUCCGUCCCAACGACUCGCGUCCCCAUAGCUCCUCCGGCUGACGACCAGCAACAGCUAGCACCAGCCAUCUUCACCUCAUAUAAUAGUCCCCCGAGUCACCAGGCAGUCGGAUUCUGUUCUUUUUGUUCGCUCGUCCAGCUGUUUGUUUCCCGUAUCAAACACCCUCGGAACUCCGCCUGUAUUCCGCCCAGCGCGUCUCGUCCCCUUGCCACAUUUUGUAAGAUCGGCAAAUCGACUUCUAUCAGUGGCUGGUCCUUUGCAUCGACCUUCUGCGCCUCUAUCAUCCUUUCGGCGACUGUUUCUAGCCCUAGCCGCCUCGAGUACGAGAGACUCCGUGCGCGUCGACCGCUCGACCUAUCUACACUGCACUCUUGACAGCUGAACAUAUUACGCCAAGUCCAAGGGGAAUCUAGUCGUCCAGACUUGCUCAGUUCGCUAAACAUCACUCGACGAUAGCGGUUGGUCUCUAUUCGGUACGUGUUGAGCUAGGUGGUUUAUGGGCGAUGGACGACACUAACACGGCCGCUACUAGUGAAAGACGCCGUUCCCAGACAGCCACGUCUGAUACAUCAGCCCAAUUCUUAAGCACUGUCGAAACACCUUUAUCUCAGCUUCGGGCCUUCGAACAUCGUCGCAGAAAAUGGCUGACCCUGUCUCCCCGCCUUCUUCCCCUCCCGCGGAUUCUGUCACCCCUAGCACGACCAACUCUCACCCACCCGUCACCCCCGAGAACAAACGUCUUUCGCAGGUCGGCGGUAUGUCUUUUGCUGAGAGACGGAUGAGUCGUCGUCCCUCCACCGCACCCACUCCUAUUGUCGAGGGAGACGGUCUUACCAGAGACGUCAUUCACUCUUUGCCCGGCGAUACUCGCAACAACAACAACAGAAAGUCCAAGACGCAAGCCGACAUGGCCAAACGCCGCAGCUCUUACUACGAGGAGGCUUUCCAGGGCGAUAGGGAGUCCAAUGUGAUCAAGGACCGCGCCUAUGCCGAGGCCAUCGUAAUGGCAGAGCUUCGCACCAACGUCAUUAUCAACGACGAGUUCAGUUUUAUCACGGACUUUUCAUACCAGCUGUCGGUUAGAUACCAGCGGCCAGUGACUUCGAUCGUGGUCAACCUGCAACACGGGGCUUGCAUGCUCUUUGGAGGUACCUUUGAACCGGCUUACACCAUGUCGAUCCACGCAUUACCGCUUGAGGUCGGCGUAACCAAGAAUAAGAGGAACACGGCUCUGCUUCAGAAGCACCUCCACGAAGCUCUUGGCGUUGCGCCUGUCCGUGGAUUCGUCAAGUUCGUCGAAGUCCCUGCGGAGAACAUGGCUGUUAAUAGCAAGACAACCGCUUCUCACAUUGCAGAGAUGACCGGCGAGGAGGAAGAGACCAUCGCCGAGCGCCGCGGUCGCAACCGCAAGAGUAUCAGUGGCAAGUCCAUGUCAGCUCUGCGCCACGGCUCCAUUGUCGGAGGCAGGAAGGGCUCUGUCUUUGACUUUAGAAGAGACUCUGUUGCUCCUCGCAAAGAUUCAGUUAUGCCUCCUCCUCAUGAGCUUACUCCCCCGCACAGCGCAACCGACGCGCCUCCGAUCCCUCCCAUCCCUGAGGCCCACGCCAACAAGACCACGGCCCCGGUUCCCGAUGAGAAGUCGGAUGCGCCUAUCAAGGAAGUGGAGAAGGCACCCACCAACACUUCGGCAUCUCUCAAGAAGUCCAAGGUGGCAAAGCGCAAGAGCAGCUUCGUCACUUCCCUGUUCUCUCGCUCUCCAAGGAGCACGCCCGCGCCCAUGCCCACCGUAGCAUCGUAGACGGUGGCUCUACUUCCCUCUCCCAACUGAAGUCCCUCUUUCUCUUUGUUUUGUAUCGUGCUCAUUAUCGGAUCUAGAGCAGUGGUCAAAUUGGAAACUUGACGAGGUCAAGAAACAGAGCAUUGCAUCGAUAAAAAGGGAGACGGAGUUCUGCAUUACAGCCCGCUCGGGCAUGCUGGAGUCAUAGUCUUGGAAUUCUAUCAUUUGUAAUCGUAUCUGUUCUGUCUAAUAGUAGGAGUUAUGAUUGGGAGACAGACUGAUCUGUACUCGUCUCAAUCAAGCUCGUACGUGCCAAAACUAGGCAUUCACUAAUUAUAUCAAACUGAUCAUUAACCUUCCUUUGGACCAUGUUCUUCGUCUUCUCAGUGGCAUCCAAGUAAUUAGCCAAUAGCACUUGAGAUAUCAAGUGCUAUAACUUCUUCGGUGACAGACUGUUUUGCAAAUGCUUGCUCAGUCGACGUUGUCCGAGUCUACCGGGCAUCAUGAAGCCCUGUUGUAAACCUGUAUGAUGAACUUUGGUAUGGACAUCUCAUUACCGACCUCGUCAACUCGUCAAUUGAGGUGGUGGUAAAUGCAAGCAAAGCAAGUAUGCCUUUUGCGAUGAGAUGAAUGGGGUGACAGUCCAGUCUGAUUGAAG